AUGAUUAUUUUUGCGGCUGCUCAUGCCGCAUACGACUCGCCAAGUUACUAUCGUCCUUCUCCACAAUAUCCAGCAGAGGCACUGAACGACAGUAAAAAAUACCUAACAAAGCCUUAAAAAUUAGUUUUACUGUUCAGACUAUACAUGCAGUAUCGAGGCUAAUUAUGGACUCUAUGGACCGUUGGGAAAGUGUAACUAUUGAGCAUCAGAGAGAAGUUUAAUUAUUAUAUCCUUUGCUCAGAUGUACGUCCGACGAUAAGCUUCUGUCAAGAUUCAUUCAAAACCGGGUCCUGCGAGAAAUGCUGUAAAAUGGCUGCUCAGUUGCGAAAAAAAAGCUUUGAAGAUGUGAGAUAAUUUAUCGAUCUAUAGAUUACUCCAAUUUUGUGUUUCAGAGCGACAUAAUCGGCUUCAACAUUGUUCUGAAAAGAGAGCCCCUAUGUAUCUGCUGUGCUCCUAACGGAAACAGAAGGAAGUAA